UCCAUUUGUAAAUUAAAUUAAAAACAUUUGUAAAUUUUUUUUUUGCCAUUCGAAUGUUUACAUUGAUUUUACUAUAAUAAUGGCACAAGAAGUAAAAAAUUUUGCUAAAUUAGCUAGACAAAAUGGAUGGUUAUUGAUUGGAAUUUCUGGCUGUACAAAUAGUGGUAAAACAACUUUAUGUAAAAAAUUAAAUCAAAGAUAUUCAUCAUCAUCAUCGGCCAUUAUCAAUCAGGACACGUAUUUUCGGGAAGAAGAUGAUCCAAAUCAUGUUUGGAUAUCAUUGGAUGAAUCACGUAAACAUCAAAAUUGGGAAUUACUUGAAUGUAUCAAUUGGCAAAAUAUGUGUACAGCAAUUUAUGAAAUUAUUUCAAAACCGGCUAUCAUUCGACCAAGUUUAUUAUUAAUUGAUGGUCAUAUUAUUUUUAAUUAUUUGCCAUUAUCCAAUAUAUUUCAUCGAAAAUAUUUCAUUCGAACAUAUAAUAAAUCAAUGAUACUUGAACGUCGGCUAAAACGAAAUUAUAUUCCCGCAGAUCCACCCGGUUAUUAUGAUCAAUAUGUAUGGCCAAUGUAUUUGAAAAAUUUGGAAAAAAUUAGUUUUCAAAAAGAUAUUCAGGAUACCAUACAACGUGAAAGCGGUCCUAAAGUACAGCUGGAAAAUGUAAAAGCAGCCAAAGCUAUUGCCGAUGUUAUUCGUACAAGUUUAGGACCACGUGCCAUGUUGAAAAUGUUAAUGAAUCCAAUGGGUUCAAUUGUUAUGACCAAUGAUGGUAAUGCUAUACUUCGGGAAAUUACUGUCAAACAUCCUGCAGCAAAAACAAUGAUCGAAAUUAGUCGUACACAGGAUGAAGAAGUUGGUGAUGGUACCACUUCGGUCAUCAUAUUGGCCGGUGAAUUUUUAGCUCUGGCUCAACAAUUUCUUGAACAAAAAAUACAUCCAACCAUUAUUGUUUCAGCAUAUCGUCAAGCAUUGGAUGAUGCACUUAUUGCUUUGAAAGAAAAAAUUGCCAUUGCAAUUGAUGUAAAAAAUGAUGCCAAAGUUUUGGAAUUGAUUCAAAGUUGUAUUGGCACGAAAAUUCUUGGUAAACUUGGUGAUUUUGCCUGUAAACUAGCAUUGAAUGCUGUACGAACGGUAUUGGUUGAAAAAAAUGGCCGUAAAGAAAUUGAAGUGAAAAAAUAUAUCCGUAUUGAAAAAAUACCAGGCGCUUCUAUCGAAGAAAGUUGUGUACUUGAUGGUAUACUUUUAAAUAAAGAUGUACUUCAUCCGAACAUGCGACGAGAAAUUGAAAAUCCUCGAAUUUUAUUAUUGGAUUGUGGUCUUGAAUAUAAAAAAGGUGAAAGUCAAACCGAAAUCGAGAUUACCAAAGAAGAAGAUUUUGCUCGUUUAUUAGAAAUCGAAGAAGAAUAUAUUAAAAAGAUUUGUGAUGAUAUUAUUCGUUUUAAACCGGAUUUAGUUAUUACAGAAAAAGGUGUAUCCGAUUUGGCAAUUCAUUAUAUGACUAAAGCAAAUAUUUCCGUAUUACGUCGUGUUAAAAAACAGGAUAAUAAUCGUAUUGCACGAGCAACAGGAGCUACUGUUGUAUUUCGAACAGAAGAAAUUCGUGAAGAAGAUAUUGGUACCGGUUGUGGCUUAUUUGAAGUUAGAAAAAUUGGUGAUGAAUAUUUUUCUUAUUUGAUUAAAUGUAAAGAUCCAAAAGCAUGUACACUUUUGUUACGUGGUGCAAGUAAAGAUAUGCUUAAUGAAAUUGAACGUAAUCUUCAAGAUGCUAUGUAUGUUGCAAGAAAUAUUCUAUUGGAUCCAUAUGUUUUACCGGGUGGUGGUGCCGUUGAAAUGGCUGUUGGAAAAAUACUUAAUGAAAAAGCUAAAUCAAUCAAAAGCGUUCAUCAAUGGCCAUAUCGUGUUGUAGCUAAAGCAUUGGAAGUAAUACCACGAACAUUAAUCCAGAAUUGUGGUGGUGAUACUAUUCGUACAUUAACACAAUUACGUGCUAAACAUUCAAGUGUUGAAAAUAAAACCUGGGGUAUUGAUGGUGAAAAAGGUGUUUUAGCCGAUAUGACACAAUUGGGUGUUUGGGAACCAUUAGUCGUUAAAACACAGGCUUAUAAAACGGCUAUUGAGACGGCAAUUUUAUUGUUACGAAUCGAUGAAAUUGUUUCGGGUUCGAAAAAACGUGAAACAUUGGAAAGUGAAAAACGUGCUGAUCAAGCUGCUGCUGCUGCUGCUGCACCGACUGAAGAAUCAAUGAAAGAUGAUUAAAAGAUGAUUUUAACAACAACAA